UGUUAUUUAUAAAUCUUACCAUUCUCAAGACCCGAUCAAACCCGUUGGAUCCACUGGCGUAUUCCGACAUAUUUUUUACGAAGUCCAUUCCCAGUUUUUUGGUCGCCAUUGCGGUGGAUUUUGUAUUUCCGAACUGAGCACAGCAAAAUGACAAAAGUUACUGAGGGAGAAGUUUCGGACGGCGGCCAAGAUGUCGGGAAAUCUAAUCUGGAGUAUGCCAUCCUGGCCAAAGGAUACGUACGUCAGGAUUCGAUUCCUGAUUUUGUGGCCAGUUACUCGGAGGGAGAAUUUAUAGCUCUAAGUGGUUCCAAAUCCGAAGUGGUCACCUUGGAGUUGAGCAACAAAUUCAUGGUCCUGGAUCCGUUCCCAUAUUUGGUGGCCCAUUUGGAGUGCAAUGCCUCGGAACCGCGACCCUUGGACGCUUUGGCCAGCAAAGUGAAUCUGGAGGCCAUAUACGAUAGCUGUGAUGUCCUGGAGGCACAACAUCUGGCCCUCGAUCCAGCUUACACGGCUGUUUGCUCUGUUUCUGUGCCAGCAACGAGAUUAGUAGCUGUCAAAAGGGCACACAAGUUGCUACCAAAUGGAAAUUUUCUUUUGGCAUCCCUCAACUCCUAUGGUUUCCUUACCCUAAUGAGCAAACCAGCGGAGUAUAGCCGCUGGAAUCGACUGGAGGAUCUCAAUGUGGCUGCCAUCUUAAGAGACACUCUGCUACCCGAAAAAGAAAUCUCCAAGAUAACGAGUUUCAAGAAGUAUCAGGCUUUCAUUGAUUGCGCCUGGAUCACAACGUUUGCUUGGCUAACAGAUGAAUCGGAUAAUCAUAUUUUGAUACUGGGAACAGCCUCUGGAAGUUUGUGGUUACUCAAAUUAAGUAUAGAUGCAAAAACCAUCAUGAGUCAUCAAGAAAUAUGCACAUCACUUGGUCGCAUUUGCUAUAUUGAUGCUUUUCAGCAGCUUUUACUAGUAGGAGAUAUUAAUGGACUCAUUCAUCUGUACCAAUUUGAUGCUCUAAGUGCCCCAAAUCUAGUCUUAAAGAAGGUUUUAUGGGAGAAAACGGAUCGCAUGGGUCUGCAAAUGGCUGUGAUUACUCGAUGUCCCUUGAAGGAUUGCUACUAUAUAACCUGCUGCAAGGCUUCGCAUUUGCUGACCUGGAGCAUGCCAAGAUCGGAGGAGCAAGAGUUCCUGGAGACAAGACUCUAUGUUGGAGGAAUAAAGAUCACAGGUUUGUGCAGCCUGGAUAAUACUACCUAUGUAGUGGGAACUGCAGACAGUCAAUUGCUACGAAUUCAUAUUAUACACCAAAACAACCAGCUCAGCCUGCAGAUGCAAUCAAUAGCCAUGGAUGUGCUAAAGGAUUUCCCAGUGAUAGGACUCUGCGCCAGCAGGCACAAGAACCUAAUGACCAUGUUCAUCUACCGCAACAAGGAAUAUUUAACUCAAACUGUAGAGCAAAGGAAGCAAUUGGACAUACAAGUGGUCAGGGUGGGGCAUCAAGAUGCACUAGCUCAGCUUAGCAGCCAUUUGGAUUUGAACAAGCCCAUCAAUUACUACACCGAUUUCUUAGCUGACCUUCGCCUUGAUGUCUUUGUCGAGGAAAAUUUGCAGAGAUACAUAGACUUUUGUCCUCUGGAAAGCUUUGAUUUUUCAGAGAUUGCCACUGAAACGCAACUACAGCAGCUGCAAAUCAAAUUCCAUGUCCUGCAAUCCGUUCUCCGCCUGCAAUCGAGUCUCCUUCAGCUGACAGUUCAUGUAAAACAAUCCCAGGAUGAAAUGCAGCUACUGCUGGCCAUGCUUUCCAUCACACACAUAAGACUGAGACUUCAGUUUAUGGGUUCACAGAGUCAGAAAACAGCUUUCCAGGAGCAGACCAUAAAGUGCAUGUUUGAGCAGACACAACGACUGAUGAAUAAACUUAAGACUGACUUCACCGAUGAGCAUCCUCUGGCAUCAACCACAAUGGCUUUUCUUGAGCAAAUGGCUAAGCAUUUGCAUGUUUUGCAUAAUAAACUGGGUAAUUCUGUGAUAGCUGAACCGUUGGAGGCGCCACUUUUACGCUGCAGUGUGUCCUUUGUGGAGAUCUGUCCCAGCUUGGAACGUCGAUACUGCAGCCUUUGCGAACGCCCUAUUCUCUUUGAGCUGGAAAACCUGCAGGAACUCUACGAUCCUGGUAGAGUACUAACAUGUCCCACAUGCCAUGGAAGCUUUACCGUGGAAUUGUUAAAUGCAUAAACGUUAAAUUUAUUUUCAACCUAAACUACAAAGUAUUUUCGUGUGUGUCCACCUCUAAAAACAGAGCAAGUGAAUCUGAAGAAAACAGAAGACUUGACUUACUCGGCCAAAAGA